GUCGUUGUCACAUGACCCCUUCGCUCCAUUCGCCGGAAUUAAACCUGCAGGGCUGAUUAGGUGUCUAUAGCUACGCAGGUGCCUGAGUCCCUGUUUUUACUGAGUGGAUCCUCUGUCCCUCCGAGGCUUGGGAACCCUGCAGCCCUCACCUGGUGAUGGAGUUUUCAAGUCCUCCCAGAGAGGCAUGUCCCCGGCUCCUGGGCAGGGUAGGCACCAUGGCUGCCAGCCUCACGGGAUUGCUUCUACUUCAGGCAGUAUCGUGGGCAUCAGGUGCCCGGCCCUGCAGCCCUAGAAGCUUUGGCUACAGCUCAGUGGUCUGCAUGUGCAAUGCCACGUACUGCGACUCCCUUGACCCCCUGACCCCGCCUGCCCCUGGCACCUUCAGCCGGUAUGAGAGCACGCGCAGCGGGCGCCGAAUGGAGCUGAGUCUGGGGACCAUCCAGGCCAACCGCACGGGCACAGGGCUGCUACUGACCCUGCAGCCAGACCAGAAGUUCCAGAAAGUGAAGGGGUUUGGAGGGGCCAUGACAGAUGCUGCUGCCCUCAACAUCCUCGCCCUGUCACCCCCUGCCCGGAAUUUGCUACUCAAAUCCUAUUUCUCUGAAGAAGGAAUCGAGUACAACAUCAUCCGAGUCCCCAUGGCCAGCUGUGACUUCUCCGUCCGCACCUACACCUAUGAUGACAGCCCUGGCGACUUCCAGUUGCGCAACUUCAGCCUCCCUGAGGAGGACGUCGCGCUCAAGAUACCCCUGAUUCACCAAGCCCUGGAGCUGGCUCGACGCCCCGUGUCACUGUUUGCCAGCCCCUGGACGUCACCCACGUGGCUGAAGACCAACGGGGCCGUGAAUGGGAAGGGGUCACUCAAGGGUCAGCCUGGGGAUCUCUACCACCAGACCUGGGCCAGAUACUUUGUUAAGUUCCUGGAUGCAUAUGCGGAGCACAGGUUACGGUUCUGGGCAGUGACGGCAGAGAACGAGCCCUCUGCGGGGCUGCUCAGUGGGUACCCCUUCCAAUGCCUGGGCUUCACUCCUGAACACCAGCGAGACUUCAUUGCCCGGGACCUGGGUCCUGCCCUCGCCAACAGUACGCACCACGACAUCCGUCUGCUCAUUUUGGAUGACCAACGCUUGCUGCUGCCCCACUGGGCCCGGGUGGUGCUGGCAGACCCGGAGGCGGCCAAGUACGUCCACGGCAUUGCUGUACACUGGUACCUGGACUUUCUGGCCCCAGCAAAAGCCACCCUGGGGGAGACACACCGCCUGUUCCCCAACACCAUGCUCUUUGCCUCAGAGGCCUGUGUGGGCUCCAAGUUUUGGGAGCAGAGUGUGCGCCUGGGCUCCUGGGACCGAGGGGUGCAAUACAGCCACAGCAUCAUCACGAACCUUCUCUACCACGUGGCCGGCUGGACGGACUGGAACCUGGCCCUGAACCUAGAAGGGGGCCCCAACUGGGUGCGUAACUUUGUGGACAGCCCUAUCAUUGUCGACAUCGCCAAAGACACGUUUUACAAACAGCCCAUGUUCUAUCACCUCGGCCACUUCAGCAAGUUCAUUCCGGAGGGCUCCCAGAGAGUGGGGCUGCAGGCCAGCAAGAGGAACGGCUUGGACACAGUGGCUCUGAUGCGUCCUGAUGGCUCCGCGGUCGUGGUGGUGCUGAACCGCUCCCCUAAGGACGUGCCUCUCACCAUCGAGGACCCUGCCGUGGGCUUCGUGGAGACGCUGUCCCCGGGUUACUCCAUCCACACCUACGUAUGGCACCGCCAGUGACGGGGCCUGGGCUCGGCACGGGCAUUAAAGGGGCAGAGCCGGCUCACA